UCCCGACAACACAUAUUCAAACUCCUCCACCUUCCUCGCGCCCGUUUGACGAACACCCUUCACAAACACCAACACCUGCCCUCCACCCACCGCUCCGCGACAUACACGAUGGCCGAGAUCACUCACCCCACCAUCAAGGAUGGAUGGUUCCGCGAGAUCAGCGACAUGUGGCCUGGCCAGGCCAUGACGCUCAGAGUGAACCAGGUGGUGCACCACGAGAAGAGCAAGUAUCAAGAUGUUCUCAUCUUUGAGAGCUCCGACUACGGCAUGGUUCUCGUCCUCGAUAACGUGAUCCAAUGCACUGAACGCGAUGAGUACUCCUACCAAGAGAUGAUCACACACUUGGGCAUGUUCUCCCACCCAAACCCAAAGAAGGUUCUCGUCAUCGGCGGAGGUGACGGUGGAGUGUUGCGUGAGGUGGUAAAGCAUGAGAGUGUAGAAGAGGCGGUCCUAUGCGACAUUGACGAGGCAGUCAUUCGUCUUAGCAAGAAAUACCUGCCUGGCAUGAGUGUUGGCUUCCAGCAUCCAAAGGUCAAGGUUCACGUCGGCGACGGUUUCAAGUUCCUCGCAGACUACAAGGACAGCUUUGAUGUAAUCAUCACGGACAGCUCUGACCCAGAGGGCCCCGCCGAGGCUCUGUUCCAGAAGCCAUACUUUGAGCUUCUGCACGACGCCUUGCGUGAGGGCGGUGUCAUCACCACCCAAGGUUCCGAGAACCCAUGGCUUCACAUGAGUAUGAUUGUUGACCUCAAGAAGUCUUGCAAGCAGGUCUUCCCGGUAGCCGAGUAUGGCUGGACCACAAUCCCCACCUAUCCUAGUGGCCAGAUUGGAUUCAUGGUCUGCACCAAGGAUGGCAAGCGCGAUGUCAAGAAGCCAUUGAGAUCUGUCAGUGAGGCAGAAGAAGACAAGCUCUUCAAAUACUACAGCAGCAAGGUUCACGAGGCUGCUUUCAUACUUCCAAAGUUCGCGGAGAAGGCUCUGCGGUGAGGCAUGUGCAGAUCGAGGAGGUCAAGAUCGGAAUGCAUUGGUUUCGGCAUGAUUUGAGAUAUACCAUACAAGGCGUUCACGGAAGGUGCAUCGGAGGGGCACGCUUCGUGAUCAGAAAAAGACGUGCUACGACUAUGAGCAUGAAAUGUAUUAAAGGAGUCCACUGGGCUUUACAGUGAAUAUUAUGCUGAGCUUCAUACCGAAGCCUAC